AUGGAACAACAAGCAGAGCCUUCUGACUUCUCCACCCCUCAAUCCAGUUCUUCUUCAUUUGCUAAAUCGUCUUCUAUGGAUCCUUGUAGUUAUUCCUUAUCGGAAACUUCCCAAAAGGUUCAAGAAACUACCGUACUAGAUUCUAAAUCACCCCAGAUCUCUCUUGCCUUAGACUCACCAACUGUAGACAUUAAUGUUUUGAAUCCACCUGAUGCUCCUAUAAUGGAUGCUUCUAAAUCAGGAGACGCGAUCCCUGCAGAUCCUCAGCAGUACCCUCUCCCACAACAUCCACCCGAAAAUCAUCAACAUCCUCCAGGACAUCCGGAAUAUUAUCCAGCAUUUCAACCGUAUUAUCCAAUGGGAUUUCAUGCUCCAGAGACAUUCUGGCUUGCACCUCCACCUGGCGCUCCUUACUACUUCGGUCUACCUCAAAUGUAUCCUCAUAAUCCUUAUGCAUCUCUUCUUGCUAACAAUUCCAAUGAAAAGAAAGAGCCACCCAGAGUUGCACCAAAAAAUGAGGAAGCCCACUCAUCUCCAGUUUCGGAUUUGACACCAAACGAGUCAAGAGAUAUCAAAGCAUUCAAGAAACCAUUCACAGAUAAGCAAAGAAAUGUCAUGCUGGAAAGAUUCAGACAAUCAGAUAGAAUCGGUUUGGAAGAAAGAAAAACAUUGGCUGGAAGGAUUGGAUUGAGUGCAGAACAGGUUAGAACUUGGUUUGCAAAUCAAAAAGCCAGAGAAAAAGCAGCUAAGAAGCAUCCGCAAAAGUUGACUUUGUUGAAAGUGAAUCCGGAGGAAAAAAUGGAACAUCGAGGAUUGAUCUUUUUCGUUCGGAGAGGUUUUUCAAAGUUUCGUCCAAAUUUAUUGUCGAAUUUAAAAAAGUCCGUCAGUUACAACUUCUCUUUUCAGAAACAGUUCAACUCCAAAACCAACUCGAGACUCCAGUUUUCCUAG